AUGGGUAUUAAAAAGAUGUUUAUGAAGAAAGAUCCCACGGAGGAAGAACUCCGUGAGGAUUUGAAUAGGGUUGGUAUCAGUACAAAGUCGGGGAACACAAGAGAAGAAAAAUUUGGUGCAUUCAAAAACUACGCCCAAGAAAGAGCUCAAAUGAGACCGGCUAUGGCCCCCAGUAAUCCAUAUGCAAAGUUGCAGAACAACGAUCCUCCAAAGAAUCCAUAUGCUAGUGGAAGUAGCUCACCCGGGUCGUCAGUGACACCGCAAGCGGGCAAUGGUGCGGGUUCAUCAUCCCCAUAUCUGACUCCAGUCUCUAGGGGUGGUGCCGCCUCCAAUCCGUACGGAAGUUCGACUCGUUACGGGCAAUCACAAUCUUCAGACCCAUAUGCUGCACCAAGCAGACGACAGCAGGCGCAGUCUAGUGGAAGAGACUCAUAUAGUCGACCAACAUCUAGACUGUCAACGGGAGGUACAGCAGCAGUAUCGCAGGGACGUGGUCCAGCAGGUGCAUCAGGCGGAGAGCCUUUAGCAAGGGUAAGCAGGGUGUCAACUAGACAGUCGACUGCAGAUACAGAAUCACUUGAUUUGAAUGCAAUUUCAUCCCAUCAAAUGUUUCACAAUAGCAAGCCAGUGAAGAAGCAAGCUUUUGAUUCAGAGGAGUUGGAUUUGAAUGAGGAGUUCAAUGAGGAGGAGGAUUUAGAUUUGAACUUGGAUAUUCCAGAGGAGGGGGAGCAGGUGAAUUCAGAAGAUGAGGAAGUUGAAGCUAUAAAGCAGGAUAUUAGAUUUGUUAAACAAGAGUCGGUCCAAUCGACAAGAAAUACGCUUCGAAUGGCCCAGGAAGCUGAUGCUUCGGGUACCAAUACUUUGGGAAUGUUGGGUUCACAAUCAGAGAGAUUGUACAAUGCUGAACAGAACUUGUUGUUGGCAGAUACGCAAACACAAAUUGCUGAUGAGAAGGUUAAAGAAUUGAGACGAUUGAAUCGAUCCAUAUUCAUUCCAGCUUAUGGUAACCCUUUCAACAAAAAGUCGAGGUUGCGUCAACAGGAAGAAAACAUCAAGAAUCGUAAAAUGCAAGAGAAGUAUCUUCGUGAAACUAAUCGUCAAAAUAUGUAUGAAAGUGAGCAACGUUUGAAACAGGGCAUCAUGAACAAUGCCACUGAUAAUGAUGUACAUCACAAGUAUCAAAACGAAAAGUAUCUACAACAAGCACAAAGGUAUCAAUUUGAAAACGAUUCUGAAGAUGAUGAAGUUGAAAAGGAGAUUGCUGGUAAUUUGGAUCAAAUUGGGUCCUAUGCGAAGAAGUUGCAUGGGAUUGCCAACACUAUGGGUAAGGAAAUUGAUAGUCAAAAUGUCAGAUUGAGAAAGAUUGAAGAGGAUGCUGACAAAUUGGAUAUCAAUGUGCACAUGAACAGUACUAGAUUGAGUAAUAUUCGUUAG